AUGGCAGAAGAAGAUAUAGCCAGUUCAAAUCCAGAACUAAGAACAAAACUUUCUAAGGUUGAAGAAACCCAAGAUAUUGCAGGCAAAUCACAAACCUCGAGUUCUUUCAGUUCUGCAUUACAGACAUGGACACAAAUUGAUCUUCCUUCGCUACAGAAGAAAUUGGAUACUCAAGGGUUGGAGUUGAAAGAUGACCAAGAAAACUCGUUGUUGCGGAGGAAAAACUUGGCAACUAAGACUAAAGAAUUCAGAAAGUUGGAGGAUUCUGACAAGCUUGACCAAAUUAAAGGACUACUCAAGUUAUAUCAAAACGAAAUUGAUUCUUUAACAAAUAAGAAAAAAGAUGUUGAAGGAUACUUCUUUGGAUUUUACCGCUUGUUAGCAGAAGCUCCAGAUCCUAGACCUCUCUUGGAAUUAUCGUUGGACGCAGUAAUCGCUUCUUCUGAAACUGAAUCAUUAAGAAAAGAAGUAUCAAAAUUAAAUGAAGAAUUAUCUAAAAAAGCUGAUUAUGAUCAAUUGAAGCAAAGGCUUUUAAGAAAUGAACAAAAGUCGGCCGAGUUGCUAAGCUCGAAAUUGCAUGCCAAAGAAGAGGAGUUCAAGGCAUUGAUCGACGAGAAACAAAGCAACUGGCUUGAAAAGGAAAAGAAUUACGAAAAGCAGAUGCAUGAGUUCAAAGCAAAAAUGGAUGAAUUAAGAACAUCAAAAGAAGUUACUGAGUUGCAAUUGACUUCGCAUAAUAAGCAGCUUGGAAGCACAGAAAUAAAUUCUUCUGCUUCGGCAUUGGCUGAAUUAGAAAUAGUCUCUAGAGAUGCUGAAUCGGCCAAGAAAAGGGUAUUUGAAUUAGAAAAAAGAAACGAAGAACUCAGACGAGAACUAUCCAGAUCUAAGAGUGAUGUGGAAAGAAAGAAUUUAAAAGAAGAAUAUGAAAAGAAGGUUUCAGAGCUUGAAGGAGAGAAUGCGUUGUUGAUAGCUAAUUUAGAUCAACACAGAAAAAAAUUGGAUGGUAUAACCAAGGAAAAUUCAAACAAGACGGAUUCAUUUAAUAGAGAAAUUUCUCAAUUAACGCAGGAAAUUAAAAAUUGUAAAGAAAAACUUGAAAAAACUAGUGAUUACGAUGAAAUAAAGCGUGAAUUAUACUUGAUAAGACAGAUUGAAUUUGGUACUGACGAGGAUGGAGUUGAUUCUGACGAAACCGAUAAUAACCGUAAGCAAAUCGAUUCACUCUUGAUUCAAAGAAAUAAAGUUUUGACCCAAGAAUUGGCUGACUUCAGAUCACAGCACGAUGAUUUAACUAACAGAAUAAAUCACUUGGAUUCCGAGCUCAGUAGGGCCAAUGAAGAAUUAAUCAAGGCCCAAGAGUUGAAUCAGAGACUAGAAAAUGACUUAGCAGGUGUACAGGAUGGUCAGAAAUUUAACGAUAACAUGAGUAUGAUCUCAGGAGUAAGCAAGAUAACCUCAGGUCGUCCUAAAAAUGGAAGCAUUGUAUCUUUAAAUGCAAUUGGAUCCUCAACAGGAGAUGCGUCCUCUAUAUUGCCUAUUAUAACUAAACAAAGAGACAGAUUUAGGGACAGAAAUAAUGAGUUGGAGGAUGAUCUCAAAAAGCAGUAUAACAUUGUCAGCGAUUUGAAGAGACAAAUGAACAGUCUCAAAAAGGAUAAUGAGGAAUUAUACGAAAGGACUAGGUAUUUGGCAUCCUUCAAUAACGGUAGUAAUAGUGGAUCAACAGAAACCCAAUCAUUCAGUUCGAGGACAUCUAAUAGAAGACUCCUCCAACCAAAACCAAAUUCAAUUGAUCUUGAGCGCAACCCAUACCAAGAAACAUACGAAUCUAAAUUGCACCCUAUUGAGCAAUUUAGAGUUCGCGAGCAAGAGAGAAUUAGUUCAAAACUUUCUCCAAUAGAGCGAUUAUUUAUUUCACUUACAAGAGCGAUUCUUGCUACUAGAACUACCAGAAUGCUAUUUAUGGUAUAUUGUUUCGGCUUACAUUGUGUUGUUAUGUUUAUAACAAUCUAUGCAAUGGGCUUAAGUACCCGCAUGAUUCCAGAAGUGGGUAUGAAUCAUAGCACAGGAGGAGUUGCAAAUGGAAUCGCUGGAUCCCCAGAUUCCCCUGGUAAUUUAGCUGAACCUGUUCCAUAG